AAAAAAACCAAUUAAAAUAUAAUAACCAAAAUAUUGUUAGUAAAAAAAAAAAAUUAACACAUAAAGUCGACCGCCUAGGGAAUAAAUCGUGACAUGGCGUCCAUGGCGUCGACAUUGCGAUGCCUAGCUUUUCAUGGCGACCGCCAAUUGUGAGAGACACAAAUCGUAGGAUUGCCAUGACCAAUUUUUACCGUCGAGACGCCAAAUCGCCGCCUAGGCGACGCCUUGACAACUAUGGGUAACAGGGUUGUUGAAACUGACUUUGCAUCAUUCUCAAGAGCUGUUGUUGUCUCACAUGUUUUUCGAGUAGACGUAUGAAAUGACUUGAUUUUACCUUCACGGAAACAUAGUUGUCAAGGCAUCGCCUAGGCGGCGUUUUGGCGUCUCGGCAGUAAAAAUUGGUCAUGGCAGUCCUACGAUUUGUGUCUCACAAUUGGCGGUCGCCAUGUCGACGCCAUGGACGCCAUGUCACGAUUUAUUCCCUAGGCGGUCGACUUUAUGUGUUAUUAUUAUUAUUUUUUUACUAACAAUAUUUUGUUUAUUAUAUUUUAAUUGGUUUUUUUUUUUACUAACAACAUUUUGUUUAUUAUAUGGCGGCGUCAAAAUUGAAACACCCGAUGCCCGAAGAGACCAAAACCCUCAAAGCUCGAACUCUCGAAGAGACCAAAACCCUCGACGUCUUCUCUUCUCCUUCUCCGGCAACAACCAACAGCGAUGUCUUCUAUGGCAGCCACCGCCUGCGACAUCUUCUUUUCUCCUUCUCCGGCAGCAAGAACGACAACAACCACAAUACGAUAUUGCCUGUGACAUCUUCUCCUCCGGCAGCAAGAGCGACAACCAGGUUGCUCACUCACUUCCAAUCAUUGCUUUCAAGCUUCAGUCACAGUUAAGCUUGUUUGGAAGAUCACACUUGCUCCAUUGAUUUCUUAAGAAGAAGAAAGAAAAGUGCUACGAUGUGGACAUAUCUGAUGAUGGAUGCAGACCUGGUUGUGUGCAACUACUACUACCACCACUUGCUUUGGUUGGCCCCACAGCAGAGCCGCUAGUCUUUUUUCUUCCAGGUGCUUCUCUUUUGAGGAAUUGAUGAAGAUACCCAGAUGGAAUACUCUGCAGAACUCUUGGGGCUCUUGCAUUCUUCUGCUGAUCCUCCAGGUGAUCAUAUAUUUGAAGCUGCUGCUGCUCCUGCUGCUUGUUUUGACUUCAAACUUUUGUCACACCCUUGACUCCUACCUUCUAGUUAAUCUAAUAAAUGGUGAUGCGAACAAGAAUCUCCAAUCUUUAGCAAGAAUUAUCAGACUGAAAAGGAGUGCUGAUGUUGAGGUUUGAUGAAAUCUGGUUGCUUAGAUUCAGCUGUCCGGUUAUGAAUCUAUGCCAGUCUGCGUUUUCAUUCCGAGUGGCAUCCUUCGGGUGUUUUCCUUGAAUAAAACCCACAAUAUUUGUAUACUUCUCUUUUGUUCAAUCUUGAGAGGUAAUAUUCUUGAACCAAUGUGAACCUCCAUUGAACUUAAUCGAAUGUUAUUUCCUUGAA